CCCUGUUUUUAAUUAAUUUCAAAUCAACAGAUCAGAAGUAUAUAUAUACAAAAAAAAGCUAUUCUUACUUUUUAUUCAUUCAUCUUUUACUUUUGCACAUCAUAUCAAUGACUAUAUCUACUACUGCUUCGACUAACAAUAACAAAAAGACAUAUAAAUGGGCUUCAACCAAUCAGAACAAAACCAUCUCCGACAUAGGCAAGCGUAGCCAUCAUAUCAAAAAGCGUACAACAUCAAGAAAUGCACAUACGCGCACAGUAAUGACGACAGCUUCUGCCAUCAUGACGACAGUGGUAGCUGAUAUAGAAAAACACAAACCACAAGAUCCUUUCACGGAAAUCGAGCAACUUCAAAAAGAUCUCUCUUUCACAUACGAUACAAUCGCCACUAUCACCGUACACUUUGACAGUCUUCACCAUGCAUAUAUUUCUAGUAAAUCAGAGCUGGAUAAAAACAAAAAUGCUACACGCUUAUGCGAAAUGGAAAAAGAACUUUUAACAGCUUACGACGAUUUGGGGCUUCAAGUCACCCAUUUGGAGCGCAAAAUUGUAAAAUAUGAAAAGCGUUUAGCUCAACUCAGAGACUCGGUCAAAUUCUGUUCACCUAUCGGAACGACCGCCUCUUGUACCAAAACCAGCACAUCAUUUCGAUCCUCUUCAGUAACAGCAUCCCCACAAAAGCAAUCGCCUCCUACGGUGGAAAAGAAGUUUAGACUACCAUCGGUACCUCGAGAAGAACAACAACCUCUGCAGCAGCAACCCCAGCAACAGCCACAGGAUUUUGAACAAUCACCUUGUAUGUGUAAUGAUGCUCUACAUUACAACAGCAGUAUACCUUCCCCAUGUUCAUCCACUGAUUCCUUGAUGGCAGAGCUUAAAAUAGAGAGUCCAGACUCUCUUUACAACAGCAGCCAUUACUCCUAUAGCAACGGUUUCAUUGGAGAAGAUUAUAUGUUACAACAAGAAACCGUGAUAUACGAACAAGAGGCGCGUUUGUACGAUCCCGGAUUUUGGUGUUUGUCGGAUAUGGACAAUUAUGGACUCUGCAGUGACACGAACAAUAAUAAGUUGAACAUUACGUUUACUCCUCCAUUUCCUUCUUGGUGUCAGCAACAAGACUAUUUUCAGCAGUGUGGCAAUAACAGCUUCAACUAUUACUAUAACAACAUCAACAACAGCACUUCUAGCAUGGGCAACGAUAUGUUUGGUUCUUACUACCCUACCUCAUCUCAAUAUUAUCAAGCUUUUUAAUGCUCAAUUCAUUAUCGCACAUUCCAUUCGUUCAAAUCGUCGACCCCUGUAAUGUUAUACUGAUCUAUACACCAUUCAACUUACUUUAUCUAUAUACAACAGUUAUUAUACUCCACAU